AUAAACACACACAAAUGUACAUAGAUAAGAUUGGAUAUUAACUAACUCACCAUCUAAAACCUCUUGAGCACUGUGUCUGUGUGCGUUAGGUAUAUAUAUAUCAGUGGGAACCACGCCUCUCACAUAUACAAUUGGAGUUUGCACAUUGAGGAAUACACUUGUGUGUAGGAGAUGUUCUUGACCGCUCUACUCUUGAUGUAUUCAGUUCCUUAAGAAAUAACUUAUGUGGUUCCAUCCAAUUUACCCUUAUUAUUACAUUCGUGUGUUUUAGUUAUGUGAUCUGUGACAUAUAGUGAUCGUAAAAAAACUAAACACAGUACUGCAUACAACUGUGCAACUGCGUGCAGAUCAAAACAGAGUCGACAGAAACAAGCGACCGUCGUGAGUACAUAAGAGAAGCAUAUAUACUAAAGGAUUCAAGCAGGGAAGUUCAAACAAAGUUCGCUUUCCAGAAAUGGGUAUAUUUUGCGAAAUAAACUUACACAAAUCCCAUAACGGGGUAUUCGUAGCCGGAGGUAAAGUUCAUGGAGUUAUAAGAUAUGCACUUGAUGUAGAGACCACUUUCACUGAAAUAUAUGUUUCUCUAAAAGGAAAAGGAAUUUUGAGAAUAAAGGAGAAACAUAAUGACAAAAGCAAAGAGUUCACUCACUGCAGCAGCGAGGAUUACCUGGACCUCAAAAACGUAGUGACGGAAUCUGACAUGAAUGUCAUCCCCACGGGCUCAUAUGAUAUUCCUUUCAACUUCGAAUUACCUGAAAACAUACCGCCGACGUUUCGGCACUCGAGCAGUAACAUACAGUACGCCAUUAGUUGCAACAUCCAAUAUCAUAUACGCAUUAAGUUCAAAAGACCGGGCUUUUUGAAGUUCGCUAAGAUGUACAAGAAAGAGAUCGAAGUCGAGUCCGGCAUCACUCCGAGACUUCCUCUGGAUCCCAUUAUAUACGGAAAGCAGAAAAAACUAUCGCAACUAUUUUCUCGCAAGAGCAACACGAUCACCAUGAAAGCCGGCGUAGCCAAGUCUGUCGUCGCUCCCGGGGACAAGCUGGAGCUCGAAUAUGAAGUUAAGAACGACUCCAACACAACGGUGAAGGCCGUCGAAACUAAGAUCGUAGAAGUUCUCAAGUUCACGACAAAAGCGAAAACUGUGAAUGUGUCGCGGGACGUGCCGCACGCGGAGUGCAAGACGGGCUCGGUAGCGUGCGGCGAGAGUCAGGCUAUGAGGCUGCUGCUAGACGUGCCCGCUGACAUCAGGUCCCUCGAUUUCUCCGGCAUCGUGGCUAGGGACUAUUUCGUGCAGAUGACCGUGGAGCUGCCCUUCCCGCACUUUAACUGCGUGCUCCUGAUGCCGCUGCAGGUGGGGCAGGUGGAGCAGGUGGGGCAGGGCGGUCGCGGGUGUGCAGCCACCCCGCCGCCCUCCUACUGGGAGGUGAUGCCCGACGACGAUAAGGAUCACAAGGAAUAGGCAAAUUAACCUAAACCUUACGGUGACAUAUUUAUGACAUAGACAUCAAUAAUGUGCCAUUAAAUGAUUAAAAUCUAAUUUAUUAUUAAUUAUGUGUAUUUAUUUCUACUAUUAGAACACCCAUCUCUUCAUUAUCGUAACGAC